UGAUAAGGAAAAUAGUAGUCUUUGAUAUUUUGCACAGAGCUAUUUGAGAAACUGUAUUUUAGAGUUAAUAAACUAUAGGUAGAAGGUUGAGGAAGAAAGAGCUCAAACAGGACUCACUGAUGUAGAGCCACUGAUAAUUCUUUCCAGCAAUAGGUCAGAGUUCUAGGAGGAAACAUCAUCAUCCAUCACAGAUUCAGCUUAAAUCAUCUCAACAGCUGAAAAUACAGAUUCUAGAUUGAAAACUGAAAAUGAAGCACUUGACCUUGGCAGUUCUAACAAUUCUCAUACAUUCAACAACAGCUAAGAUUAUCAGAUCAUUCAGGGCCCUGGAGAAGGAGGCUUUAAUUGUGACAUGCUCCAGGAACAAAGCAACUAAAUACCCCGUGGACUGGUAUUCACCCCAAACCAACAAAAGUAUUACCACCCAGAAAACAAAUCGUGUAUUUGCUUCAGGGAAAUAUCUUAAGUUUCUUCCAAGUGAAGUCACUGACACUGGAGUUUAUACUUGCAUUGUCAAAAGUCCUACCUUCAAUCAGACUGGUUAUGUGGAUGUCACCAUAUAUAAAAAGCAACCAGGUUGCAAUAUUCCAAAUGAUCUGAUAUAUUCAACAACAUCUGGAUCAGAAAAAAAUUCGAAACUCUUUUGUCCUACUAUUAAUUGGUACAACUGGACAGCACCUAUUGAGUGGCUUAAGAAUUGUAAGCCACUCCAAGGGCCAAAAUAUUAUGCACACAAGGACUAUUUGGUGAUUGAUGGCGCCACUAGCAAAGACUCGGGGGAUUAUAUGUGUAGAUUUGUGCACAAUGAAAAUGGUAGCAAUUACACUGUGACAGCAACCCGAUCAUUCAUAGUUAAAGGUGCAAAAGGCUUUACAUUUUGUCCAGUCAUUACAGCCCCUGCACAUAAUGAAACAAAGGAAGUGGAAAUUGGAGGUACAGUGAACAUAACUUGCUCUGUUUGCUUUGGGAGGGGCGCUCAGCUCAUAACUACUGUCCAGUGGAGGGUUAACAAUAAGAUUGCUGGGCUCUCUGGAGAAGGAAGAUUUCAAGAGGAAGAAGAGCAAAAUAAAAGUUCUAGCAAUGAUCUGGUUUGUGUAAACCGAGUUUUAAGAAUAACUGAUGUGAAAGAAGAGGAUUUAUUGCUGAAGUAUGACUGUCUGGGCCUAAAUCUGUGUGGCCAAAAACUGCACACCAUAAGACUAAAGAAAAAGCUAAUUGAUCAUCAAAGCAUCUACUACCUAGUCAUAGGAUUCAGCAUAUUGCUAAUGCUACUCAAUGUCUUGGUGAUAAUGCUAAAAGUGUUCUGGAUUGAUGUCAUUCUGUUCUGGAGAGACAUAAUGAAACUAUACAAAACUAGAGAUGAUGGAAAGCUCUAUGAUGCAUACAUUAUCUACCCUCGGAACUAUACAAGCAGCCCCAGUGCAGCUGGUUCUGUGGAGUACUUUGUUCACCAGGUUCUGCCUGAUGUUCUUGAAAAUAAAUGUGGCUAUAACUUGUGCAUUUAUGGGAGAGAUCUACUUCCUGGAGAAGAUGUAGCUACUGCCGUGGAAACCAACAUACGAAAAAGCAGGCGGCACAUCUUUAUCCUGACGCCUCAGGUCAUGCACAGCAAGGAGUUUGCCUUUGAGCAAGAGAUCGCCUUGCACAGCACCCUAAUCCAGAAUGACUCCAAGGCCAUUCUCAUUGAAAUGGAAACUCUGAGCAAGCCAGGAAGAUCACAACUUGGGGAGCUUCAAGAUUCUCUCAAGCACCUCAUGAAAGUACAAGGAACCAUCAAGUGGAGAGACAGUCACAUUUCCAACAAAAAUUCCAUGAAUUCCAAAUUCUGGAAGCAUGUGAGGUAUCACAUGCCUGUGCCAAAUAAGCUUCAAAGAAAGACUUCCACUUUGGUUUCCCUGAGAACUCACUGGUAGGAGCACUUGUUUUGAUGUCGUGAAAGGAUAUAAUAAGGGUCCAGAGAGCUAGCUCACUGCAUAGGGAGGGCAUUUGCUUUGCCAUGAGAGCAUCCCAGGUUUGAGACUCAGCACCACACAGGAGUACUUCAGUAUUGUGGAGACUCUCUCCCUCUCUGUAUCUCACUUUCUGUCUGUCUGUCUGUCUCUCUGUCUCUAUGAAAAAAGCUAUAGUUGGAAGCAGUAAAAUCAUGCAUGUGUUGGGCAAGCCCCACUUCUGCAAACAAAUCCAUAAGUUUUAAAUUAAAAAUCAUGUCCCCUAGGACUUGGUGGUGGCAUGUCCAGUAAAACACACAUUACUAUGUGCAAAGACCCAAGUGUAGCCCCCAGUCUCCACCUGCAAAAGGGAAAAUUUCACAAAUGGUGCAACAGUGCUACAGGUGUGUCUAUAUAUCCCCCAUUCCUCUCAAUUUCUGUCUCUAUCUAAAUAUAGAUAAAAAAUAAAAUUUUGAAUCAAUAUAGAAGUUCUUUUUUAAAAAGCAUAAACCCCAUCCUCAGAGGCAUACACUAUUCUGAUUUCUAUCUCCAUGAUUUAUUUUUGUCAUAUUUUUAAAUGAAUAUCAAUAAAGUUAUGUAGCAUUAUGUCUACUUCCAUUCAACAUAGUAUCUUUGACAUUCACACAUGGUGUGCAUGAGAUAGUAGUGUAUUUCCUCGCAUUGUGGAGUUGUAUUCCAUUGUAUGGUUACAUAGCAGUUUAAACAUUUCCUUGUUGGUGGUUAUGAGUUGUUUUCUGCCUGUACCUUUUAUGAAUACAGUUACUAUGAACAUUA